AUGGAACGUUCAUCUACCAACAAGCUGUUCACUAACUCGAAACAUAAAAAGAAUGUAAAUCCAACAUCUCGUUACCAAAAUUAUCGGCAAAUGAAAUCUUUACGAUGGAGCCAAGAUAUUUUGAUUGAUGAAGCCAAUGGAGAAUCUGUAUCCAAGCCUAACAAGGUCAACUCGACCAGGAGAUUCUCAUAUACUUCAAACAGUUCUGUUUCUGUUUUGGAACAGCGACCGGAGCAUCUAAAACGAAGAGCAACUUGUGCUGUAAUAGAAUCAUACCACGACCCCAAGGAAAGAUCAACGACCAGAGAACAUUUGAACGCAAUCCACCCCUCUGAAGCAGUGACUUCACGACUUGCAUGUCCUAACUUUAAUACUAAACUACCUUUUAGCUGUCUGGUGGGAGGAAGGCUGGGAUCUUCGAAAAUCUCCUUGAAAAGCACGGAUUCUGAAGAAAGUGGGAUCGAUAGUGAAUGUAGUGAUGAAGUUAAAGGUAGCAAAAGACUCACAUUUCCAAACAUCUUCAUCAAUGCCUACGACGCCGAAGCAGACGAAGAAUAUUCCUUUGAAGAUUCUACAGACGAUGAAGAAGAAGAAUUUGGUUUUUCUCCAGAGUAUCUAUAUAGAAAUAUUUGUUCUAAAAGUGGACAACGUCCUCUGAGAUGUGUUCAAGAACAGCUGAUGUCACCCACUCUGAGCCUCAACGAUCGUUUAUUAUUACGGGAAGAUGUAAAAGCUAUAUGUAUAUUAUUAUCGAAAACCGAUACCAUCACUACCUUAGAUUUGUCAAGAAAUAAUUUAUGUAAUGAUGGAGCUAGGAGUACAGCAGAAAUGCUAAAAAGAAAUGAUGGUAUUGUUCGCUUGGAACUGAAAUAUUGUAAUUUAAGUCCAGCUGGUAUUGGGUGGAUAGUUGAAUCAUUAGAAAGAAAUAAAACUGUACAGAUUUUCGAUUUAACUGGUAACAAGUUAUCAACGUCUAAUAUGAAACAGUUGGCUGAUCUACUGAAGAAAAAUAAAACAAUUUAUGAAUUGAUACUUAGUUAUUGUGAUAUUGAUGAAGCAGGGGCGAUAAUUCUAGCAUCUGCAAUAGCGGAAAAUGUUUAUCUGAAGUCGUUAGAUGUAAGUUGGAAUGGUAUCAGGAAACGAGGAGCAGUAGCAUUCUGUGAUGGUUUGGCACAAAAUACAGGCCUGGAAUAUGUUAAUUUAUCCUGGAAUGGUCUUGCUAAAGAGGGUAGCAAAGCUUUAGGAAACUGUUUGAUGGAAAACAGGAUUCUAAAACAACUAGACUUGACUUGUAAUCGAAUAGAUUAUACAUCUCUUAAACCACUGGCUAAUGGUUUAGUUCAAAAUGAAACCCUGAAAAAAAUCAAGCUUUCACUAAACCCAUUUACAACGAAAGGAGCAAUAGGUAUUUUAUGUGCCAUCAAGAAAUCCCCGGACUGUGCUAUCAAUGAAAUCGAUCUAACUGAGAUUCCAGUUAACAGUGAAUUUAUGAAAUGUUUAGCCGAGUUACAUAAUGAUAGACCAAUACAAGUGCUUCAUGGCGAUCACUUACAUCAAACUGGUACACUCAAGGCUGAAUCUGCUCUGGAUUCCUAUGAUCCAUGUAUGGUAUUAUUUGAAUUUAUGAGACAGAAGAAGUUAAGACUAACUGAUCUAUUCCGUGUGAUUGAUACUGAUAAUAGUGGUAGUAUCACAAGACAGGAGCUCAUUCAGGCUUUUCAGGCUAUGAAUCUACCUCUGUCAGAAGGAUCUUUACAUAUAUUAAUGAAAAGAUUAGAUAAAGAUCAUAGUAAUGAGAUAGAUUUAAGUGAGUUGAAGAAUGGGCAGAAGAAUGCAUUAAGAAAAGCGCAAGCCAUGAGAAGUCGUAGCGCAGAGUAUGCUGCUAUACUACAUGAUAUACAAGAACAUGUGAAAAGCGCAAUAGAUAGGAAACGCAGAAAUAAACCAUACAAAGAACAAGAUAUUAUAUCACAGAUUGAAAGGGUCAUGAAAUGA